UCUCGCUAGGCCCUAUCACAACGCUCCAUAGAUGUUCACUCCAUCCUGGUCCCAGUUUCUCCCAAUAAAGACUACCUGGCUACCUAGGUAUCUUGAAGAACGACCCAUCACCACCAACACGACUUCCUCCGCUGGCACCCGGUUAUCAUCCUCACUGCUCCCAUCUCCUUGUGACCACGGGACUGUCCUCGGCUGCUCACAGCUCGUCAACUCGGCUUUCCUUUUUCUUUUCCUCAAUUGUUGCCAUGAAGUCAUCACGAGCGACGAUGCAAGACUCACCUUUCCUCAAACUGCCCUCCGAGCUCAUCAUUGAGAUCCUCAGCUAUCUUUCUCUAACCGACCUCCUCUCCGUCGGCCUAGUCAACCGCCACCUUCACCAACAUUCGCUGCAGGAUACCUUGUACCACAACUUUGUGCAGGCCCAUGUUCCCGGGAAUAAGCUCACGAAACCUACCGACUCAACAUGGCGCGACUUGUACAUCACCCACCAUCCAUUCUGGUUCAUCCCCCAACACAAAAUCUGGUUUUCGGACCAAGUCCACCUCGGCAAACUCCUCAUAGCCAGGUACAACCAGCGCAUCAAUGCUAUCGAAGCGUACGCCCUCGUAGCUGAACGGAAACAACCGGCAUUCCUGACUUGGGAUUGGAAUCCAGAGGCCAUCAUACAUACCUUCACUCCGCGGAUCCAGCUGGAUCUAAACCAUCCUGUUGUACGCUUGGAUGCCGCCGCAUACGCCAACGCAACGGGUGGAGAUGGAUACCGAUUGCAGAAGGAAAUACCCAUGCAGCUUUACGACAAUGCACCGAGGCCUUCGGCGGGCAUACAUUCGCGUCUCAUGCUCACGAAGCCUUGGCCUACCCACAUAACGACACGAGGCACGCCCGUCUGGCCUCCGCUCACCUUGCCGAGCAACGUGCGGACACGCAAUGACUCGGCCUCGCAUUUCAGAGACCUGAAUCACAGGCCGAAACUGCUGUCCGAACUCUCGACCAAGACCUUUAGAACAAGGAGGUGGAUAGAGUUCUCUUCUCGCCCUACAGGAGUUAGUAUGCGUGUGGGAGAGGAUACCCAGACGUGGGCGACGCUACCCGAAGAAUGCUACAGGCCGACACCUCAGAAGCCAUGGCAGGGCAUAUGGUGUGGUGAUUAUGCCGGCCACGGCUGCGAGUUCCUCGCCAUUCUUCAACCGGACGACCCAAAACCGCUGCCUGAGAAGGCCCUGUGGGCGAUGAGAUCGAGGGAACGCGAGGACAGCGUUAGCAGCGACGAGUCAUGGAAUACGGCUCCCACAGAAAUGAGCGCAGGAGGAAACCAUGAUACUGACAUGGCAGAAGCCUCCGAUGCCUCGUCCAGCGAAGCAGAUACUGCUGCUUUGUGCAGCCGCUCCACACGGGAUGAAGCCGAUACAGGCUCGAGCCCCGCAGCCGAUGGCGGGCAGAUAUACCGCGGGCGUAUCGAGGCCAUAAAGCUAACGGGAGAUCCAAAUGUGCCUCGCGGCGAGUACACCUUCAUAGCACCCGACAUUGGGCCGCAGGGCCUUGUGCGUGUGGCGACUGAGGACAUGUUCAAAGGCGCAAGGAUUGUGAAGAGCGUCGGCCACAUCGCGGCACAGGGCUUCAGGGAUGAUGAUUUCAUGGUGUCCCAACUUAUCCUCAUCUCACACAACCGUCUUGCGCAAUAUUGGGAGACGUUUGGGCACGUCUCGUUCUACGAACGGGUUGACAUUGAUCAGCAUAUAAAGGCGACCUGAUCGAAUUCUAUGGAAAGCUGAGUGCCAGAUGCUGCGCUAUCGCUACUAAGGUGAGGUGUAUAAUUGUUGCAACACCUCUCGCUUAAUCUAUGCCUCGGGUUGGGGUUGAGGGGUGCUUGUUUCUACACAGUACAGUACAUUUUGUAAUCCCGUUGGAGAAUCCUCCGCUUUAUCGAUCUCUUACGAUAUGUUCCAAUGUAUCCAGGACUAGUUUCUCUCAAUCUGGAUUGGCUGUCAAACUCUACCUAA